GCGACAAUUUGGUAGUGUAUACGUCUGCUUGAGUCAGUACAAAGCAUCCUUGUACAAAUAUCAACAGUGAAGUAUUAAUUAGUGUGUUCCUAUCCAGUAUGACCGACGGUGGACGUACAGUUAUUAUAGGAAUGGACGGAAGUGUCCAAGCAGUAAACGCCUUCAAGUGGUUUUGUCACUUUAUGAAGCGAGACACAGACAAUGUAGUGAUGGUUUACUCCGUGGAGAUAACGGAUACUAUGACACCCAAACAAUGGCUACACGUACCUUCUUCGGAAGCAGAGAUGAAAGCGACUAUAGAUAAAAACAUGGGAAAAGUCAAAGAUAAGUUGUCCGAGUUUGCAAAACUUAUGGAAAGUGAGCAUGCAACUGGUACGGUAAGAACUGCCCAGUCAGAAAGUCCGGGAGAUGGGAUAGUCAAAGCAGCUAAAGAUUUGAAUGCUAACGUCAUAAUUAUGGGAAGUAGAGGACUGGGAACUAUAAGACGAACAGUACUUGGAAGUGUUAGUGACUAUGUGGUUCACCAUGCAAAUGUUCCUGUUGUAGUAUGUCCGCCAGGUACAUCUUAAAUCCGAAUCAUUUUAAAGUGACGUCAGGCAGUCAACAAUUAUAUCAACCAAUCAUGUUGCUUCAUUUGGAGUGAUAGUUACAUGUACCGGGGCAUUACCUUUGUGAGGACAUUGUGUAUACUUGCUUCUGUUCUGCUUAAGGUACUCGUUGCAUCAUUGCUGUCUAUCUGGAAUCUAACUCAUGGGUUGUUGAAAACACCAUUGUUAUGAAAUGAUAACAAAACCUGUAGAGAUGACAAUGUAUAUAUUAAAAACUGUUUUUCAUAGUUUUGAUAAUACUGGAGGGUUAUAGGACUGGAUACAAAUUUUAAACAUAUACAUUGUACAUAUAACAAUACAGCUGUUAUGAGAGUGAAAGACGGACAAAGACAAAACAAUCAUAUUCUGUGCAAAAUGCAAAACUCCAGUAUUCUCUUUUUUUCAUAAAAUGAUACAGAAGUUUAUUAGAUACAGACUUUUGCGUCUAAUAGUGCUGCAACGGAAUAUGUAGAGGAUAUUCAAUGUUUUGCAGUUGGAUAAUAUGGAUUUAUUUCACGAGUGGUACAGGAUUUUCUGAUAUUUUCACGAGUGCGAAGCACUCGUGAAAAUAUAAAAAAAAAAAACCUGUAUCAAGAGUAAAAUAAAUUUCAUAACAACUACAAAACACUGAAUUUUCUGUGUAUUACAUUUUCUUUAAUUUCCCUUUUGCCUCUAUCUUUUGUAACACAGUGUCAUAGGCUAAAACGUCAUAGUUGAGCGGUUGAGAUGUCAUACAUAUAGCUUAGCGAUUGUGAGAUUUAAAACACUGUAAACAUGGGUUGGAGAAGCUUUGGCAGUUUUAGUCUCUGUCAGGAUGGUUUUUUAUUAUAACCCAUCUUUUCUAAUAACAGGCCAGGGAGUAUUUUUUGCAACACUCUUCGUGAAGGGAAGGAAAAUCGAGAGUUUUGUCGCACUUCUGAUAUUUUUCACACUGUGAGAAAUGUCGCUUAUAUUAUAUUCUUUCACACUGUGACAACAUAUUAUCUUAUUUAUUCAAUAAAUAAAUUACAGUAUUUCAUUGUUGAAUAUGUAACAAAAUUAUAUAUCUGAUUGUUAGAAGUAUAAAAUGAAAUUAUGUUUCAUAUUAAUAAAAUGGGCAAUACACAGUACUGUUGAAUAACCAAAUAUCAAUGCAAUAGUCAAAUCAGAUAGAUAAACUAAGUGUUUUUCUUUGUU